AAGAUUUCUGAGGCUUCUCCUCCUAUACAAUCCUAGUGACACGUGUGACCAGAUCUGAUAUGCAAGUGAGAAGAUUGUGUGGUCUACAUGUACACUAGCGAAGCAUUGCGCAUCCGUCCAGAGAUUCGGAAAUUAAAAAUGACCUUCAUCACAGUGAAUUUAUAAUUAGAAAGUUACCUCGCCUUCUAAUGGCCUUAUAUAAGUAUCAUUCUGUGAAUCGAACAACGCUUUAAAAUUUCAACAAUGAAAUUGUGUUUCGAACCCUGAGUAGCGUGGUGGUAUCUUCAAUGACACCGUUACCUCAGAGUAAUUCACAAUGUCUUGGCCUCGCAAGUUGCAACCAAAAAUAGCACAUGCAGUUGCUUUAUAUUCUCCUCUAUUUUACCGUGAGUGAGGUUGUGCUGUGCCACUGUCAUUUCAUUUAUUCACAGAUGUCAAAGUCAAAUACUGCACGUGCAUUACAUUUAGUGAGACAUUAUGAUGAAACUUGAGAGCAGUUCUGAAAAUAAAAUGACGAUUACUUGACAUAUUCAAAAACUAGCAAAAAUCGCGGUUGGAACAUACUAUUCUCGGGUGGUUAUGUUUGAAUUACAUUUCUCAUUUAGGAUAACUAUAUUUCUGGCUUAUUUUAGAAAAACAGGGUAGGUACGUCUCACUAAUUUCGCUAUCCAAGAAAAUCCUAUUAUCCAUGAGUCAGAAACAGUGGCUCCUCAUUGAAAUUGUAGUCCAAUGGACAAGACAUGUGGAGUACGUAAUUAAACACCAAACUAUCAGUUUCCCUAUUCAUUGAAAUUUUACGUAGAAUACGAUCGAAGAAUUGAGAAUUUCCAAAUUCAACUCAUAUGUGUGAAAUAAUUGCUUUUCUUCCUUCGAUAAUUGACAGUACAUAUUUUGAUGAGAUUAAAGGUAUCUAUUGUACCAGAGGCGGAGAAUGAAAAUGUGUGUGAAACGGUGGCGAGGCGUGAAUGAUCGAUCAUUGAUACUUCCCCAUUUGUAGCUGUGGAACAGAAUCGAUUAUUAAGGCGUUCGUUGCGAUCACCUUGUUUAUCGAUCCUUUUCCAUAGGUUUAAAAGGCAGAUCAAUGGAAGUAUCGCAAAGCACGCCACGCCUCUGUUGUGAAACCAAAAUCUAGUUAUUUACCUCGCGUAUUUCAAUCAAUGCAUAAUUUCGCCGGCGAUCAGUUUGAAUUUUUUUUCACAAACGAGUUGAUUUUGAAUGUUUUUAAUAUGUAAGCUGCCCGAUAUUUUGAUAAUUAAAAUGUGCUGUAGUGCUUAAUCAUUUUUCACCUUGUCUAGUCUACUAUCCAUUGAGCUCUAAUAAACCUGACAGCCGGUAUCAGAUGCCUGCCAGUAAUAUUGGCUAUGCGUUCGAUUUCCGCCACUCUGAAAGGCAUUGAGAACUGACUAAUUGGUUUCUCGGAGCUACAAUACUGCCUGGAAAUCAGUGCCUAUCAUUUUCCCCUUCCAUGUGAUUCAAAAAUGCUGAUAUAGGUAAAUUUUAACAUUAAAUUGUGACAUCUUAAGAUAAAAACUAUAAAGUGAAUUCAGAACAGCAACUUCGCCGAUAAAAAAUGGAGUUCGCGACAGAGCAGGAGCCAAAGCAGACACCAUCAGAAAAAUGGGGUAGAAUGUUUUGGGCGUGUGGAGGAGCCAUGAUGAUAUUUUUCUUCAACGGAGUGGCCGAGUCUCAUACUGCAGUUCUCUUGCCACGCCUCCAGGAACCCGACAGCCCCAUACAUAUUAACCCCGACCAGAUGACAUGGAUAGCUAGUCUUGGAAUCGUUGGCGCCCCGGUAUCUGGUGUUCUUUGUGGUCCUUGUGUCGACUACUUUGGCCGGAAAAUCGUUGUGCAGUGCUAUUUCAUCGUCUGUGCCUUGGGCUAUGCUCUCAUAGGAGCCGCCAGCUCCGUCUACGAAAUUUACGUCGGGCGUCUGAUUCUAUCUUUGGGAAUCGGGUUCGAGGUUGCAGGGAUCGUGUACAUCGCGGAGGUGAGCACGGCGCGGAUGAGGAGCGUGUUGUUGUCCCUGACCUACUCCGUUCUCUACGGGGGUGGCACCCUCUUCGCCUACGUGGUAGGCCUCAGCCUGCCCUGGAACCUCGGAUCGGCUGUCUUCGCGUUGGCUUGUGUCCUCCUCUUCGGCUACGAGUCCUUCACCCCUGAGUCUCCUCCUUACCUCGUCAAGAAUGGGCACACCGACGAGGCCAUAGCCGCCUUUAAGCGACUUGGACGUAGCGAUGACCAAAUUGCACAAGAAAUCAGAAUAUUAGAGCGGAAGGGGGAGCCCCGACAACAGGUGGAAUGGAGGACUUUCCUGGAGCCAACGGUCUGGAAGCCGUUUCUCAUCAUAUCCUGCUUCCACUUUCUACAGGCGGUCACAGGAGUAUGGGACACGCUGUACUACACGGUGGACUUGGUGACCAAUCUCGGCACCCAGUAUGACCCCUACGAGGUGUCGCUCUUUCUGACCGUCGGCCGGUCCCUCAUGGCCAGCACCGCCGGCGUUUACUUCACCACGAGAGUCAGCCGCAAGAUGGCCGCUGCAGUCUCCACUUUCUCUAUGGCUGUUUCGCUCUUUAUCUUGGCUGUUUACGAAAAAAUGUACGAAUUUACUUCAGAGCUGGAACGUCCGUACCCCCUAUUGCCGAUCUGCGCCCUGAUCGGGGCAGUCAUGGCGAGCGGCGCCGGGUUCUUUUUUCUGCCGAUGUUGAUGAGUGGUGAGGUUUUUCCGCUGAAGGUUCGCGGUACCACGAGCGGGGCCGCAUUCUUCGUCGGCACCGGGAGCAUGUUCCUCUUCCUCAAGCUCCACGUCUUCCUGGUCACGACGCUGGGCGUCUGGGGCUUCUACGCCAUGUGGACGGCGGCCUCUUUCAUCACCGGAUUUUAUUCAAUUUUCGUUCUGACCGAGACCCACGGCAGGGAGCUCCACGAGAUCGAGAAUAGCUACCGGAGUAAAAAAC